AGAUUUGUACGAUAUCAGAAGAUUUUGCAAUGUGAGAUUCAGGGAAUAAUAUAAACCCCACUGCAAAUUUGAAGAUCCAAGCUACAUGGUGAGAAGCUUCGUGGAAAUGAUCCAAGCUACCUCGUUCAAGACCUCUCUUAUCAGGGAAGCUGCCAUUGAAAAACACAAUUGGAUGUCAAAACAGACGAAAGAAGAAAGCAUUUAAAGCUAGCAGUUGUCCAUGUCAAAAGAAUUGCAAGUGCAUCUUUGGCUAUAUCCAUGCAUCACUAUAUAUGGUUGAAACCUCAAGCUACAACAAAAUUUCAGUACCUUUUAGUACAAAUAAGAACCAAACCCCUACAAUUAUUAGUACUGUCAUAACCUAUCUAAACUAAUAUAAGAUUAUAUUAUGCCAAGUAAUAUUGCCAAGAUAUUGAAGUUGAUGAAACUAAUAAAUUACUCAGUACAUAAUAAAUCAAAAGACCAUAAACGUAAAGUAUCAAAGAGGCAAAAAAGGUAAAAGCAAAAAGAAAAACUUGAGAGAACACUUUGAGUUUCUUCAAAAGGGGAAGCUUAAAAGCCUUUUUCCUGCAAUCACAACCAACAUGCUAGUUCCAAUAAAACACCAACAAUUGUCAUGUUGCAUGCAAGCGGCAAGCGGCAAUCGGUUCCUUGUGGCAAUUUCUGACAAGCGGCAUGGAGAAUAACUAAUCAUGAUGGCCGAUGGUACUCUCUCCAUGGCUGAAAGUCUGGGUCUCAAGGCCAAAGACUCAAAUGAACUUCGUCGAAAGCAUAAUCUCCUGGAUCCACAGGAAAAUUCCCAAAUACAGUUUCCUCAAUUGGAAAACCCUAGAAGCCCUAUCCUGUUCGAGAUUGACAAUCCGAACAUGCUUAUCUCAAAUGAAUCCGAUCUUCGAUUCAUUAGUGGAGGUACAUAUCCCACAUCACCGUCAACUUCAACAUCAACUGGGUUUGGGUCCCACAGCCCUAAAUCAUCAAAAAACCCUAGCCCUUCUCAGAAGCUUCAGCAAGUGUUCAUGGUGGAAAGCUUGAAACUGGAAGCAGAGGAGCGACUUCAUCACCUGCACGGCAGUUCAUACCAGUUUGAGCGACAGAUUGAAAAGGUAUAAAAUUUCGGCUCUAAUCCUAAAAUACUACUCAAUGCUCAUGGAAAACCUUAUGUGGAAGGGGAUCCAAAUAUGGGAUAUCCACUAGAGGACACUAAACCUAGGAAUACCCCCUCCCAUUUUGCUCAAAAAAUUGUUGCUGACUGCUUAGUCCCCAAACUGGGGCUGGAUUCCAAGUCCCCCUCUCAUAAAACUCCACUAAGUGCACAUCUUGCUCAGCCACAGUUUGCACCUACUCUACAACACCAAUUCAAUUCUAACAUCCAUACCAAGCCUUCUCCAGCUCACCAACCCAAUCCCAAACCCAUUACUGGACAAAGCAAGCCUAAACCUAAAAAUUGGGCUUCUCUCCUGCAAUCCCAAAGUCCAUCAUUGGAUAUGAAACUUGAGCAUUUCCUUGACCUACAGAAAGGUAAGGAAGCUCUAGUUGAAAUAGAUGUGGAAUUGACUAAGGUAGGAAAAUGGAAUUGUUAUCUGCUAGGUCAUUUAUUGGAUGGAAAGAUGGCUUAUCCCCUCCUUGUCUCCACAGCUAGAAAUCAAUUGAAAGACCUAUUCGUGGCUGUCAAACCAGAUGUUUCUGGAUUUUACUUAUUCGAAUUCAAAGAUGAGCAAGCUAAGCAAUAGAUCUUAGAAGGGGAUCCCUAUUUCUUUUCCCAAAAAUACUUGGUUCUUAAGGACUGGCAUAGAAUGAUGAAACCACUCCAAAACCAACCUACCAAAAUCCCUGCAUGGGAGAAAUUUCAUGACCUGCCUCUUAAAUUGUG